GAGAGUUUGAACGAUCAGUUAAAGUUGAGCAUUUUAGGUUCUAUCAUCAUGCAGCGGGUCAUAUCAUUGUUGAUUAUUGGUUUGAUUGGUCUGGUAGCCGCAGAAGGUCAGUGGAAGCUAAACCAGGAGUACAAUUACAACGUUUUUACGAAGACCCUAGCCGCUUCCAAGGACGAUACAUGGAAUGGUAUAGUAUUCCAAGCUCGUUUGACCCUUCGUCCAGAACCGGAUGGAGUGUUGUUUGGAAAAUUGAGUCGACCACAGUACGCUCAAGUUCAAACGUCGAGAAGGCGUGCAGAUUCGGACUUGAACAACCUAAAUUACAACGAUCUUCCGAUGGAUCAGCCAUUCAACAUUGUAUUGAGAAAUGGGGUUGUCAGAGCGUUGCUGGUUAAUCGUAAAUUGAAUGAAAAUCAUGUUAACCAAUUGAAGUUCGUCGUGAAGGCGGUCAUGAAUCAACUUCAAAUUGACGAAAAUGCCCAAAACCGAAUGGACGGAGACAAUGCUGCUUACAAUGUGAACGAGCUGACUAUGAUGGGAUACUGUGAAACGGUCUAUGAAAUUUCUCCAUUGUCAGAAUAUUUGGCUCAAUCAAGCCGCGAUUUGGUACCAUUGCCCAGAUUACAAAGUCAAGAACAAUUUAUCGAUGUAGUCAAGAGCAGAGAUUAUAGCAGAUGCAACCAGAAAAAUGAACAAAGCCAGCAAAGAAACAUCUCUGGUAUGCGCCCUAAUGGAAAUAUAGUUCCAACAUUCACUGAAGUUAGCCGUACCAUUCUUUCGGGUUCACUAAAGGAUUAUACUGUUCAAUCAUCGGUUACAACGAUGAAAUCGCCUGAAACUAUUGCCUAUGUCAAUCUAACAUUAGAAUCGGUUGAAGACAACGCUAGAUAUUCUCCAAUUCAGGUCGACACUCUUAUGGACGUUGAAAACAACUAUCCACCAAUGGCUCCGCGUAAAAAUGUUCAAAAUUACCUUCGUUUGAACCAGAUAACAUAUCCAGAUUAUAAUGGUGAGAUAAAAUACGCCGAUUGUAUUGAGUAUCGCCCGAAUACCUAUAUGGUUUGCAAUAGAAUUUUUGGUGCUGAGUAUGAAAGCAUUCCUGAUGCAGCAAUUGAAUGUGGCUUCAUUCUGCUAGGAUUGAUAGCAAAGUGUCAACGUCAAUAUCCAAAUUGUGUGCAAACAGCUUGCUAUUCGGUACUUGAGAUUAACAUGUGCAAGGAGCACGGAAGUAGUUUUCCCGUCCAAAGAGGAACACUCGAUAUUUGUACCCCAGGAUACUGGAGUGGGAGAUGUUGCCCUAAUUGACAUUUGUAAAAUACGCAAUAUUGUGCUAGCGGCGUUUCUACGAAAAUUCGGAUUUUUUUUCCUUACAAUUAACUAUUUUUUGUAUAAACGAGCCAUCAGAACAAUCGGAGCGUUUGCUGCGUUUCCUAGUAUCGACAAUACCUAUCCUUUGCCGUAUCAUUUACUUACAUUUACAUAGUUUAUUUUGGCGUAGAUAUCCCCAAAAGACCUUAAAACACUUAGGCGGCCCUAA